AUGCCUGGCCUGGUCUCAGCUACCGGAGUCCUAGGCUUCCUGGCCGAUGAGGAACACGACCUCAAGGUCUUCGCCCUCCAGACUCUUAACGAUGACAUCGACACAGUCUGGACCGAGGUCGCCGGCGCUCUGAGCCAGAUCGAGGCUCUCUACGAAGACGAAUCCUUUCCCCAACGGCAGCUGGCAGCCCUCGUGCUCGCCAAGGUCUACUAUCAUCUCCAGGCCUACAAUGAGAGCAUGACCUUUGCCCUCGCCGCAGGCGACCUCUUCAAGCUCGAUGCUCCCGGUGAAUUUGAGGAUACCAUCAUUUCCAAGUGCAUCGACCAGUACAUCGCCACUUCCUCGGCCAAGCACACCGCCCCCACCUUGUCCCAGAGCGACAACUCCCUGCCUGCGUUGGCAACCACUUUUGCGACCGGCCCCGCCGACGGGUCUGCCCUGAUUUCCCCGACCACCCCCUUCUCUCAGACGACUCUCCCGUCCAAGUCUCUCCUGUCCCGCGUCUCGACCGACAACGCCAUCCUCGAUCCCACAUUUCAGCCCGUGAAGGAGGGUCGCUCUGGCUCCAUCGCCCCCAUCAACGACCAGGCAACCCAGGCUGCGCUCCAGCGCAUCGUCGAGCGUCUUUUCGAGGCUUGCCUCAAGGACGGCAGAUAUCGACAGGUCGUCGGUAUUGCCGUCGAGGCCAAGAACCUCGAGGUCCUUCGCCGUGUCAUCAAACGCGCAAGCGAUGAUGAGAAGCGUUCCAAGACAAAGUCAACAGAUGGUCAGGGUCCCGCCGAAGAGCUCAUGGAGUAUGCCUUGAGCAUCUGUAUGGACAUCGUUCAGGAACGCGCUUUCCGUACCGAGAUUCUGCGCUUGAUUCUGGAUCUCCUGAACGACAUCCCGAACCCCGACUACUUCGCCAUCGCCAAGUGUGUCGUCUAUCUUAGCUCAGACGAGGAGGCGUCCCGUAUGCUCAAGCAGUUGAUCACAACCGGCGACCGCAACUCGAUUGCCAAUGCCUACCAGAUCGCCUUCGACCUGUACGACAACGGAACCCAGGAGUUCUUGGGCAAGAUUAUUAACUCCCUGCCGUCCGGUGAGCCCGCCAAGGCACCAGCAAGCGAUGCUACCGAGGAUGAGCCUCUGCUCGAGAAUCAGGAGCCUUCCGGAGAGGAGCUCUCGGACGAGCUCUCCAAGGUCUAUAAGAACAUCCGCUCCAUCCUCGAUGGAAGCAAGACCAUUCAGCUGAACCUCGAAUUCCUCUACCGGAACAACCGCACCGACCUGAGCAUCCUGAACAAGGUCCGCGAUAGCUUGGAAGGUCGCAACUCCAUCUUCCAUACCGCCGUCACCUUCUGCAACGCCUUCAUGAACCAGGGUACUACCAACGACAAGUUCUUCCGCGACAAUCUCGAAUGGCUCGGCAAGGCCGUCAACUGGUCCAAGUUUACCGCGACGGCCGCGCUCGGCGUCAUUCACCGUGGCAACCUAACGCAGUCCCGAAAGCUACUUGAGCCCUACCUGCCGCGCCAAAGCGGCUUGAGCAGCGGCUCCAUCUUCAGCCAGGGCGGUGCUCUCUACGCCUAUGGCCUGAUCCAUGCCAACCACGGCGCUGAUGCGCUCGAUUACCUCAAGAUCCAGUUCACAUCUGCCGAGGAGGAGGUCAUCCAGCACGGUGGUGCUUUGGGCCUGGGUAUCGCCGGUAUGGGCACCGGCUCCGAAGAAAUCUUUGACAACCUCCGAACGGUUCUUUUUACCGACUCUGCCCUUAACGGAGAGGCCGUUGGCCUCGCCAUGGGUCUCAUCAUGCUUGGCACCGGCAACGUGCGGGCGCUGGAGGACAUGAUCACCUACGCUCAUGAGACGACUCACGAAAAGAUUGUCCGUGGUCUGGCCAUUGGUAUGGCAUUGAUCAUGUUUGGCCGCCAAGAGGGCGCCGACGCAAUGAUCGAAGGUCUUCUCAACGACCCUGAUCCGACUCUGAGAUACGGCGGUAUCAUGACUGUGGCUCUCGCUUACUGCGGUACCGGCAGCAACAAGGCUAUUCGCAAGCUGCUGCACAUUGCCGUCAGCGAUGUCAAUGACGACGUCCGCCGUGUCGCAGUCAUGAGCUUGGGCUUCAUCCUAUUCCGAAAGCCCGGCAGUGUUCCCCGCAUGGUCGAGCUGCUUUCCGAAUCGUACAACCCCCACGUGCGUUACGGGUCCGCCAUGGCCCUGGGCAUUUCUUGUGCCGGUACUGGCCUGGACGAGGCCAUCGACCUGCUCGAGCCCAUGAUGAAGGAUCCCACCGAUUUUGUCCGCCAGGGUGCUCUCAUCUCCCUGGCCAUGAUCAUGAUCCAGCAGAAUGAGGUCAUGAACCCCAAGGUUGCCGCAAUCCGCAAGACCUUGAAGAAGGUUGUCGGUGAUCGUCACGAGGAUGCCAUGACCAAGUUUGGUGCUUCGCUCGCUCUGGGCAUCAUUGACGCCGGCGGCCGCAACUGCACCAUUGGCCUCCAGACGCAGACGGGUAACCUCAAUAUGGCUGGCAUUGUUGGCAUGGCUGUCUUUACCCAGUACUGGUACUGGUUCCCCUUCACCCACUUCCUUUCGCUCGCCUUCUCCCCCACCUCCAUAAUUGGUCUUGACCACGAUCUCGAGAUCCCCAGCUUCAAGUUCCAUUGCGCCACCCGCCCCAGCCUGUUCGACUACCCUCCCGAGCAAGAGGUCAAGGCCGAGGAGGGCCCUACCAUGGUCGCCACGGCUGUGCUGUCGACGACUGCCCAAGCGAAGCGAAGAGCCCAGAAGAAGGAGCGUGCUCAGCGUCGUGAGAGCAUGGACAUUGACUCCUCUGCCAAGCCUACCGUCUCCGACAAGAUGGAGGUGGAUGAGAAGAAGGAGGAGAGCAAAGACAAGAAGGAGGGCGAGGGUGGCGAGAAGGAGGCGUCUGUUGCCCCGGCUGACACCAAGAAGAAGGUCGAGAAGGAGAAGGUUGGCUACGAGAUGGAGAACCUGUCGCGCGUGGUCCCUGGGCAGCUCAAGUUCAUCAGCUUCCCCACUGGCCGUUACAAGCCGGUCAAGAAGGUAAGAGUCAUUCCACGCCUAACCAUGGCUCGAGAAAGUGCUAACAGUGUUGAAAAGCCCACCGGAGGACCUCUUCUCCUGCAGGACACGCAACCAGACGAAGAGAAAACUCUCAUCGAGGAAAAGCUAAAGAAGGUGACAACGGAGAAGGCCCCUGUCGCCGGCCAGAGCAACGCGGGUGGCUCAUCAGCAGGCUUGACGCCGCGCCAGCAGCAGAACCUCAUUUCCCAGGCUCUCAGAGCCGGCAAUGGCGGUGAUCUCCGCUCAUUGAACGAGCUCAGCGAGUUGCUCGGCCGUCAAAGGAGAGGCGACCUCGCUGGCGCGACCGACGAAGGAGGCGCGGCUGCUGCGGCCGGCGUUCUGACUGCCGUAGACGAGGAUGGCGAAGGAGAUGAGGAGGCUGAUGUGCCGAGAGACUUUGAGUACUUUACGGACAACGAGGAAGAUGAGGACGAGGAGUGA